AUCGGUAGCGUCUGAGAGAAUUGCUAGGUCGCAAGGCACAAGUGCUUUGGCGGUUGGGAGAUGAAGUCGCUAGGCCGGGCUGGCGGCUAGGAGAGGAGGCGGUACGAGAAUAACUCGCCGCGCGACGAGGUCGUUAUCGCAAGAGAGUGAACGGGGAGAGCUCAGAUGCGAGACUUGGCUCAGAUGAGUCGGGCUCGCCCUGCGCACGGCAGCAUAUUUCCAUCUCCAAACUCCCUCUCCAACCCUAGAAAGCGCCGCCUGCACGGGCUGGUCUGCGAGCGCCCAUCUCGCCGCGCCGCAAUGCUCUCUGCACCCGCGCGUGCUGCCCACCUCCAUGCAUCCGCGCCGUCCCUUUCCUCGUCGACUUCGAGGCCUUGACUCGCGGCUCGCGAGUGCUGUCGUGUCGAGCGCUCUCGCGGCGGGAGUGCGAGCGAGUCGAUUUCAGUGGUAGAGGCGCGAGGCUCCAGUCGCGAGCAGACGCGCGUUUGCCGCGGGAGGUUAGGCGAUUCGCCGAGCUGCGCGCGUCAGUCUGGCGAUUGCGUCGUCCCGUCGCCGCGACUCCCCCAUUCGUCGCCGCCAUGGCUCGUCGCACGUCGCGAUCGCCCGCUGGCGACGGCGGCAGUCGCAGGGCGCGGCUGUACCUCGUGGCGGCCGCCGCGCUGCUCGCCAUGGCCGUGGUCACCCACCUGAGGACCCGCGCCCUGCACUGCCACGAGCCGCUGCUGCCACGGCAGCUGCUGGCGGAAGGGGAAGGCGCCACUCUUCCCUCCACCACAGACACUCCACCCGCCGCCGCUGCCACAGAGAGCCAAGGCGAGGGGGCAGAGCGAGCACCAGUGUCUGUGCAGGCAGGAGGGCAGGCUGAGGGGGCAGGCAGGGCGGGGCAGCACGGCAUGCACCACCGUGGCUCUGCGGCGGCCCACCCUCUGCCUAAGCCUGGGCCGGAGCCUCGCGGUGCCCCUUCUGACCUGCCCGCCCUGCGUGCGUGGCUGGCUGCGUCGCGCUCUCCCCAUGUCUGCUGGAGCCGAGAGGAAAUGCACGCUUACAUGCCGCCGUCUCACUCUGCCCGCCCCUCGCGUGCCUUCGCCCGCCGUCUGCGCGUCUACGAAGCCAUGCACCGCCGCUGCGCCGCCCGACUCUCCUUCCGCCACGGCCUGCCGCCCGCUGAUUCCUUCAGGUCGGUGCUUCAAGGCAAUGGCAGCGAGGGCCAUGCGCCCUGCCAGUACCUCUUCUACCAGGACUCCAUCGCAGGAGUGGGCAACCGCAUUCUGGCGGUGGUGUCGGCCUUCACCCUGGCGCUGCUGACCAGCCGCACCUUGCUGCUCUCCUCCGACUCCCUCCCCGCCACGGCCUUCUGCCAGCCCUUCAACGCCUCCUCAUGGUCCCUUCCUGCCGCCCACUUCGAAGCCAUAGUGAGGGACGUGGCUGCCGACGCCAAGCCCAACGAGUUCCCCCCCUCCAACCGCUCCCUGCACCUCGACUUCCCGAGCGGGUUCUGGUGGAACAUGGUGUGCGACGAGGGGCAGCGCCGCCUGGCACGCACGCCCUUCGUGCUCUUCACCUCCUACUUCUACACGCUCCCCGCUCUCUACUUCCGCCCCGCCUUCCAAGCCACCCUGGACCGCUGGUUCCCGGAUCGGCUGCCGUUCACGCGUGUGGCGCGGUGGCUGCUGCACCCCGCCAACUUCCUGUGGGUGGCCGUAUCGCAGGCCUUCACCGCGUACCUCGCCCCGCACCGCACGCGCAUCGCACUGCAGAUCCGCCCCGUGGAGCAGACGGAGGAGGACAUCCUGCCUCGCAUCCUCACAUGCGCCCAAACCAUCGCCCACCUGCUGCCACCUGUGGGGCUGGACGACUACGAGGGCGAUGCCAUGGUGGGUUGACUACGAGGGCGAUGCCAUGGUGGGUUGACUACAAGGGCGAUGCCAUGGUGGGUUGACUACAAGGGCGAUGCCAUGGUGGGUUGACUACAAGGGCG